GUACUGGGGCGACCCCCUCGACGAGCGCGGCGCCCUGCGCCGCGCCCUGCGCGCCGAGCUGCUGCGGGCGCAGCGCCGGCCCUCGGCCGCGGCAGCGGACGCCGAGGGCGCGCGGCUCGACGUGCCCCCGGCGGAGCCCGCGGCCCGACGUGCCCACGCCGAAGGGGCCCCGGACGCGCACGGCCUCGCCGACCAGUCUGGCCUGGCCGUGGACAACAACUUCAGCCACCGAUCCACGCUGUCGGUGGAGCUGGAGAUUACCAAAGGGGCGGGUCCAGACUCCGGUGUCGGUGCCGAGCGGCCUCUCCGCGGCGUCUUCGCCAGUGCCGAGGCCGUGGCGGAUGAGGACGACCAUGACGAGCUCCACGAACAUCUUGGCGCCGGCGAUGUCCGGGCCAGUCAGUCGAGUGCGGCUCGCGCUGUGGAGGUUGUUGCGUCAGCAUGGCUACGCCUUUGA